AUGCUCUCCCUCUCCCUCCUGAGCCGAGGACACGGGAAACUGGUCCAGAACAAACAGAAGCUGGAAGUCUAUUUUGAACCAGAGGACUAUUUGAACUGGAAGUCCCCUGAAGACUAUGUCCUGGUCAGCAAAGCCCAGGAUGGGGACGGUGCCAGCCAGCACUCCUGGAGCCUCUUCCUUCCUAAGACCUUCAGCACGAGAAAAGGGGCACUGAUCCUCUACUCAGAAGGGCUAGCUGUGUCAGCCUGGGCACCCAGAGAGAGGAGAAGGGGUCACGGGAAGAGGCGGGACCUUGAGCUACACACGCUGCACGACCUCAAAGAAGCCAUCUUGGCAUACGGAAGGAGAAAGAGGGAGCAGGACAGAGCCUGGCAACCCUACCUGUACUUCCGAAGCAAGCCAGCCAGCCAGAUCCACCGGCAGAUGCAGCCUGGGUACUCAGCCAAGAGAUACCUCCGAGGCCUUCUGCGGACAUGGCCCCCCGACACUGUGGCCAGGCUCCAGCGUGCAGGACACAUCAAGGAUUCCCUGCUGCUCCGGGACAGUCGGCUUGGGAUACCCAAGAGCCUCAGGCCACGGCAGGAUCUUUCAGGUGUACCCCCAAAAUACCAUCUCCUGCCUGUCGUCCCCUCAUUUUGGAUUCAACAGAGACCAUCUUAUGAACAAGGUUCCCUGGGUCAGCAAACCCAGGGUGCGGGGAGAGCGGCGCCCAGCCCCAGGCUUUUGAGGGCCAGUGACAGCAAGGAUGAGAAUGAUGAGGGCAGUCCUCAGUCGACCCAGACCCGGCGGCUGCAGACAGGGGGAAUCCAGAGCGAGGCCGCUGCCUUGAGCCCCUGCAAAGCACCGCGAGACGCCCAGCGACCCCGAGCAAACCCUGGAUCCAGAACCAGGCCUCAUGGGAAUCUUUCUGAAGCCUCCUCACCGCUGACUCAAGCAGCAGGGCAUCAGGGAGCCCCACGGUCCUUGGAGGCAGCAGCUCAGAGGACGAGAGAGCCUCAAAGUUGUAUAAAUAAAGGGCUGAUAUGUUCAAAAGAAAAAGAAUUUUACACACGCAAGCUGCACAUCGACAUGACGCCGUUCCUGAAGGAAUGCGGAGAUGAAAUUGACUCUCACGAAGAACCAGGAGGACCCCAUAGAAGAAAGGAUGAAGACGGCCAAGACCCAGAGCCAAAGACUGUGACCCUUCACCCCAGCGGUCCUCCCCCGGCUUCCCCGGCUUCCCCGGCUUCCCCGGCUUCCCCGGCCAACACCUUGAAAAGCAUGGACAGAGUUUACAAGGUGUCCCACCUGCACAGGAGAUUCCUAGAACAUGAGCCUGCAUCCCCAGGGAAGUUGGGUUCCAAGACUAUACCUCGUCUUCCAAGAAAAAAUAAGAAAACGCAACCAAAACUGUUCAACCAGAAGACCAAAACUGCCAUCAGUCAUGGAAGGGAGUUGGUUGACAAGGCUAACAGGAAGAAAAGAACCAAGACAGACAAGGGCAAAGCACACAAGAGAGAGAGAGAAGAAAGGGUCCCGAGGCAAGCCGAGGCUGUCAGAGGAAAGUCAAAGGGUGUGACAACUGAAAAGAAAUCACAGCCAAAAGAAAAGAAACCAGAAACCAAAAUGAAAAGGAAACAUAAAGAAUGGAAUGUGGAGAUGGCGGCAGAGCUGAGCAAGCCGGACGUCACUAACCCCAAGGAAGCAGAAGGCACCUCAGAGAGAGGGCUCUUCCCCUCACAUUCUGCCCCUGAGGACCCUUGGAUUUCUCCUGAAUACGAUGCUCUGGAGAGCCAGGUUUCUAUAGAUGGAAGAUUGCCACUCACCCAGGCCAUAGGUGUCCCCAGCAACAUGGAAUCUGAAGAAGACAGAAGCCCUGGAGACCCUUUCAAGGCCCUCCUGGAGAAGAGGCAGCAAGAGAAGGCUUCUCUAGACAGAAUUGGAACAGAGAGGGCAGAGAUGGUGUGGCUGGAGGCGGAGCGGAGAAGGGAGCACGAGUUGCUGGAGCAGCUGGAGACUGCAGAGAAGUUGAAGGAGGAGCUGGAACUGGAGCAUCAGAGGCACGCCGAGAAGAUCCGCCUGAGAAAGCAGAGACUGGAGGAAGUACGGCAGCUGCAGGAGGAAGCAGAGAGGAAACAGAGGCUCCGGUUCCAGGCAGCCCAAGAGAGGGCCCGGAAGCAGCAAGAGGCAUUCCGGAGGAAACUGCAAGAAAUGCAGAGAAAAAAGCAGCAGGAGGAGGUGGAAAGGGCUGAGACUAAGAAACAAAGACAGAAGGAACUAGACAUGCAGUUAGCGGAAGAACAGAAACGCCUGAUGGAAAUGACUGAAGAACAACGGCUGGAGUACCUGUGGGAGAAACGAGAAGCAGAAGAGAAGGCCAGGCGGGAGGCUGAGGAAAGCAGGCAGCAGGAAGAGAAAGCAGCAAGGCUAACUCUGGAGGAAGCCAGGAAACUAGUCCAGGAGCAAAUCAGGCAAAAAGCUGCUUUGGAGGAACACUAUUUUCAUCGAGAACUCUUUAAGGAAGCCAAUGGUCUGCAGUGGACACAGAACAUUUCCAGACCGUGGGUCUACUCAUACUUCCAGUUCCUAGACACCCCCAAGCCCUGAGGCUAGAAGGACACAAAGAAGUAAGUGGAGAAGUGCUGAGAGGAAAAGCUACAUUUUUAUAUAAAGCUCCAGCUGAGCUCCAUUACUUCCUUUUCAUCUAGCUUACCUCAACCUGUACCUAGGACUGUCUUCACCCUGGACAUUAUUCCCAGGGUUCCCACACUCUCCACACACUGUGACUCAAUGAACUUUUCACUUACUUAAAUCCUUUUGUGUUCUUUAGGACCACAUAAAUUCAAUAGUAGUGGAAGUGUUUACACUACCACUCCACAGAUCCAGGUGGAGGCACUGACAGUCUUAGGACAUUCUAUGUGUUUUGAUGUGUUCAAGAGUUGACGGAAAACGGAAGUUGUCACACACUAACUGUGGACUAGCUAAGAGGAGCUGAUCAUAUUAAGAAAUCCCUCAGGCCGGAGAGAUGGCUCAGUGGUUAAGAGCACUGGCUGCUCUUCCAGAGGACCUGAGCUCAAUUCCCAGCAUCCACAUGGUGGCUCACAACCAUCUAUAGUGAGAUCUGAUGCCCCCUUCUGGCAUAGAGCACUCAUAUACAUAAACUAAAUAUUAAAAAAAAAAAAAAAUCCCUCUAUGAGGCAAAACCACAAUUUUAUCCCGGGUAUCUAAAACAAGUAUCUUCUUCAAAGGCAUGUUCGGAAGCACUUGAUCCAUGUUCAACUGAGCAAAAUGAGCUGUUUCAUGAGGAAAUUCUCUCAAUCCUCAAAGUGCAGGUCUAGAGCAGCGAGUUUGCAUAAACUGACACAGUCUUCUAUGGUACCAGCCGGGUAAGUGCUCAAUGGCAUAGGUAGUUGCUGGGAACUACAUUGGCAAAGACAUACUCUAUUCCACCACCUCAGAAAUUCCAUCAUUGUUGAUCCUUGAGCACAAAUCUUGAGAUUUUUAUUCCCAACUGUGUCCUGACGAACCUGCUCAUACAACUCUAAACAUGUUUCUCAGAAGCCUCAAGUCCUUUAACAAACUCUUAAUGUCCAAUAACCAUCCCUUUAACAAAGCACCACAGAAUGCUCGUUAAGACAUUGUCAGAAAUAAAAUAUAAAAUGUUAAAAUAGUA